GGUGACAUCGCUUUCGAUCUACUGAACAAAAGACUUUCCGCUACAAUGACAAGAACAUACGCAGCUGCAAAUCCACACGUUCUUGCUGAGACCACUCCAUUUAUUACUCAGCGCCUUAAAGACAAAUUACCGGCCAAGUCCGAAUUGUACGUGAUAUAUCAAUUUACUUGCACCUGUGGCGCUAAGUACAUGGGACAUACGACCAGACGUCUGUCAACAAGGAUAGCUAAGCACUGUCCCGGGUCUCUACGAAAAGGCACUGCCGGAAGUAUCAAAAGUUCCAUCCUUGAACAUCUGGUUCAAAAGGACACGAAAUUCUGACCAAUGAUGCUUUCAACCUUUUCUACACCGUGUCAAAACGAUAUCCUAAGGGAUUAAGAGACGCCUCCUUAAGAUUGCGGAAUCGAUAGCGAUCAAGUUAACGCAAGCGGAGCUUUGCAAGCAAAGGAUGCUACUGCAAUCUCUCACGCUGCCGUGGCCAUGAUAAGGAUCCAUUCGCAUGGAACAUUGAUGAGACCAAAGGUGGCAUCACUUCUCUGCUGACCCAAUUUGCUUCGCGGUCAGCGAACUGUGUCAAGUGAGAUCGAAUAAGGUCAGCCUUCAUCGACAACACAGGCUUCACCAAAUAAGCUCGAUCAAUUUAACUUCCGUCCGAAUAAAUUCAGAAUCUCUCCUACUUUCGCU